AUGGCGAUUGCAUUUUACAUUCCGUCGCUGGACGACGCGGAGGAAAACCAGCGGCUGCUCGAGCAGCAGCAGAUCGUCCUGCAGCGGCAGUAUCUGUUGCAGCAGCAGUACCACCUGCAGGCACAGCUGAACCAGCUGCGGCAGCAGCAACUCGCACUGGAACAACAAUCAGCCGCCAUAUCCACCAUGGCCACCGGCACCACGGGUGCUGCCGGGCUGUCCGGCUCGUCGACCGCAACACUCACACCGUCAGCAACAACUUCCACCACGUUCCAGCAACCACCAUCAACUGCCACCACACCGACCCCGGCAAGCUCAGGUGCGCCCGCCACCUCCACCUACUUCACCGCAACAGCCCCACAGCAUCCACAGCACCAUCCGUUCUGGAUGUUGCGGGGGGUGCUCUACAACAUCUUGUUCCGUCACCUGCUGGACAAUGAUCCAGCCUGCAGCCGGUGUAUGUUUUGCAGCAAACUGCUCACAAUGCUGCGUAAUAUCUGCUAA